UAGUUUCUUAUGCAUGAAUCGAGAAGAAACAUGAAAUUUUCUGCCAAGUAUCUAGAAACGCUGUCUUCUUGCACAUUCGUUUUCCUCUUCGCAAUGAUAAAUUGCAUUUUUCUUUGAAUCUGAUUUUUGAUUAGUUGCCAAACGGGCAGACGAGAGGCUAGAUUUGAAAUAAACGUACCGCGAGAACAGCUUACAAUAAUGGGUCACGAUUUCUCUCGUCGAAUAUUAGAAAAACGAUCUUUCGUCGAUCGUUCCUUGCCCAAAAAGUUUCAGCCUGACUAGCGUCUUCUCGAUCAUACAAAUUUGUUGCACAUCUCGAAACAGGUUUCACAAAUGUCAAUGAAAUGUCAGAUAUAUAAGAGUAUAAAUCGACCUUGACACGAAAUCUGCAUCACGAGAUUGCAAUGAUCAGUUUACACACCUCGCAAAUGUACUUCCACGAAAUUAGAAACGUAAAGACGAGCGACUUUGAGUCGCUUCUCUUAUUACCUCGAAAAACUAUCUACCUGCAACGUACAGAACGUUCGUUGAAAAAUCGAAGCAACCAAACGUUCUUUUUCCUUCUCGCAAGAAAACGCACGAAAGCAGAAUGCAAAAAAAAUGCAUUGCGUAAAUUCUGAGGCUGAAAACUUGCAUGCAUCCCAAGCGAUUUAUUAUGCUUCUCGCGAGUACAAGUUACGAGCGUCGUACACGUUCAAUUUCUGUUUCAAUAAACCACGACGAAUCGAACGAAUCUUUCUUUCCAUCACUCGUGGGAACAAAUUAUUCCCCGUUUAUGUGUUAAAUAUUCACCCAUAAUACAUAUUACUGUUCAUUAUUAUUUCCUACUAUUUCUUAGUACACAGUACCUACCUUUGAUAGAAAUUAAUUGUACGCCAAGUCGUACUGCUUACUACUUGUCGCGCUUCUACCAUUCGUAACUGUUACCUACUUGCUACGCGUUGUUUCAUGGUACACCCGUUUGAUCAUUACGGUUCAAAUGAAAAUUCCUUCGGCGUUCAAUUGGUCACGCAAAAACCAUCAUAGAUUCGCGUAAACGCUGUACAAUUUUACAAACGGAAAAGAGUACGCCGACUAUUGCUGCUACACGCCUUUCUAAGCAACGCCUUUAUCUACAUGAAUGAGCGCUUAAGGACUCGUUACGUUUAUACGACACGCGUGACCAGAAUGUAAAUCUUUUCUCGCAACUCACGUGACAACUUUGAUUCCACACACACAGAUGCAUAUCGUAACCAUCUUCACGCAUACGAUUCACCUUGUACCGUGUAUAUGUUUAUUUUUGGUAUGCAUCGUUUACAAGUUUACAUUCAUUUUACGUAAUUUUAUGAAAAACUUUCUUUUAUUCUUACGUCUUAUUCGGCUCCUUGGUUAAAUAAUAGAAUUUUUAGUUUUUUCCUUUCUGUUGAAAUUAGGCCAUUAAUUGAUUAAAUCACUGAAAUCGGGUUAGAGGCUGAUUGCCCAGUAGAACGUGACCCUCGUUGACGUCAAAUUUGUUGCACACUAGUUCAGAUGUUCCCUAUAUUUCACUUGGUUUCCUUCGGAUUUAUAAGUAACAUUGUAAAUUUCGAGUAAACAAGUUUUGAUAAACAAGGACACGGUAAUUACUAAUAGUAGUAAUGAGCAACACGUGAAACAAUAGAUAGACGCGUCGCAAAGUAGAAUUCAUACAGAAAAGUUACUAGUUAUUUCCGGUUCUUUUUCACGAUUCCAAAAGCUUUUCAAACGUUUAACAAACAGAGGAAGUAGAUAUCGUUGGGAAAAUUGCGAAAGAGCUAACAUUUUGGUCACGAGGGUAGAUGAAAUGAAAUUCAACGAAACGCGCAAUGUUCGAUCGCAACGUUGUUGGCUGAAUUAACUGUUCGUGUCGAGGACAUUUAAUGAGCAAUGAACAAUAGAGUAGACCCCGUCGUUGACCGAUGUUAGCUGGCGGACGCUAAAAAUAAGGAUUUUGACGGUUGCCAAAAUUCAAGGAAUAUCGUCCGCUCAAGUUCGCAAUCGAAAAGCUUCUCGAGAGCUUUCAGUUGUCGCUCGUCCGUAAAUUUGACGGCAUUGCACGCUCCGUAAACAUUUGCAUAAUUAAACGUCUCCUGAAACGUAUCGAACCGAUUGUAUCGAUUAUCGAAAAAGGCGUAUCUAUUCGUAAGGGUGUUGCGUGUUUCGUGAAUAAAUCUUUCUCGUUUAUUUUAACGAGUGAUUGAUCAAACUUGAAAAGUGGCGAAGAUCGAAACAAUUCGAGGCAUUUCUCGGGGCGAACGUGGAUGUUCGACAAUAUUAAUCGAUUGAUUUGUUGACUUUUAGUGUAACAAGUGUACGUUGGCACUGGCCGAGGCAAACAAUAGAAACGCAAUGAACGAUUCGCAAUAAGUCGUGGCCAAAAAUACCGAGUUUCAAAGUUUGCCAAGAGACAAACGGGAGGAAUGUAGGGGAAAACAAGACGGCAAUAAUUAGUUGAUUUUCGGCUGUUGGUGAAUUAAAUUCCUCUGAAAGUGGAUAAAAAGAAUGCUUAAUCAAUUAUCAGUGAUUCGUAAAGGUUUUCUGUAUAUAUUUCAGAAAUGCCUUGUCCCUCGUUAAAAGAUCUUUGAUCCAGUUUUCAUGCCGGCUGUCGUUCUGAACAGAGCUUAUUUCGUCUGUAACGAUGAUUAUAUUAUGUAUGGUCGCUACACGAAGGACCUGGGUGAGUACGCAAAAGAAGAGGCACGAAAACUCAAGUACCACGAAAAGGCUCGACGAAAAUAUGAUAAAACCAGAGAGGAGGAUUUACGGAAGUCGAGAAGAGGACCAUUGUGCCGGAAGCUGGUGGCAUUACUGGCGUUCGCCUGGAAACACACUGGAGCUAGAUUAGGCGAAGAUUGGGUCUUCUUGGCACUUCUCGGUGUUAUCAUGGCGCUUAUCAGUUACGCCAUGGAUCGUGGGAUUUCUAUGUGCAAUAACGCCAGGAUAUGGCUUUAUCAGGACCUGACGCAUCAUCCGGCACUUCAGUAUCUCGCCUGGGUGUCCUUGCCAGUUUGUCUGAUCCUCUUCAGCGCUGGUUUCGUCCAUAUUGUUGCACCUCAGAGCAUAGGAUCCGGGAUUCCAGAGAUGAAGACCAUCCUACGUGGAGUCGCGUUGAAGGAGUACCUAACUUUUCGUACUCUAGUCGCCAAGGUGAUAGGUUUGACCGCCACCCUGGGCUCCGGCUUGCCCCUGGGCAAAGAGGGUCCUUUCGUGCAUAUCGCCAGUAUCGUAGCGACCCUUCUCUCGAAAUUGGUCACCAGCUUUCAAGGGAUCUACGAGAAUGAGAGCAGAAACUGCGAGAUGCUCGCGGCAGCUUGCGCGGUCGGUGUGGCCGCGUGUUUCGCGGCUCCCAUCGGAGGUGUUCUCUUCAGCAUCGAGGUCACCACCGUCUAUUUCGCCGUACGAAAUUAUUGGCGAGGUUUCUUCGCCGCUGUAUGCGGCGCCACGAUGUUUCGAUUGCUGGCGAUCUGGUUUCAAAGGGAAGAAACCAUCACCGCGAUGUUCGCUACGAAUUUCACCAUGGAUUUUCCCUUCGAUCCUCAAGAACUGUUCGUAUUUGCUUUGAUCGGCGUUGGCAGCGGUCUAUGUGGUGCUUUUUACGUCUGGUUACACAGACAGUAUGUCAUCUUCAUGAGGAAGAACAAGAGUAUGAACAGCUUUCUGCAGAAAAAUCGUUUUCUCUACCCUGGAAUCGUUUCUCUCUUGGUGUCGUCCAUAUCCUUUCCGUUGGGACUAGGCCAAUUCAUGGCUGGUGAUUUGAACACCCAUGACCAAGUGUACGGUUUGUUUACCAACUUCACCUGGACCAAAGAAGAACUAGGCGUCGAAGAGAUGAACAUAGUAAAACACUGGUCCACGGGGUACACCGACGUGUUCAUUGGUCUGCUUGGCUUCGGUACCUUCACGUUCAUCUUUUCUAUCAUAAGCUCGACGGUUCCCGUGCCUUCGGGAAUCUUCAUCCCCGUGUUUAAAAUCGGCGCUGCGCUAGGCAGAGCCGUGGGAGAGGCUAUGGCUCUAUGGUUCCCCACCGGCGUUCGUUAUGGCGGUAUCAUAACUCCUAUCGUACCAGGAGGUUACGCUACCGUCGGUGCAGCUGCAUUUUCCGGUGCAGUGACUCACACCAUCUCCGUCAGCGUUAUCGUAUUCGAGAUGACCGGUCAGAUAACGCACAUCGUGCCAAUUAUGAUCGCUGUGCUGAUCAGUAACGCUAUCGCCGCUCUUCUUCAACCCAGCAUAUACGAUAGCAUCAUUCUGAUCAAGAAACUACCAUACCUGCCGGAUCUACUGCCAUCCAGUUCAGGAAUGUACAACGUUUACGUGGAAGACUUCAUGGUACGCGACGUGAAGUACAUCUGGCAUGGAAUUACGUAUCAGAAAUUGAAGGAAAUUCUAAAGGAAAACCGCAAACUACGUGGUUUUCCUCUGGUUGACAAUCCAGAUUCGAUGAUUCUCCUCGGGUCCAUUCAAAGGCUGGAAUUAAUCAAAUUGAUCGAGAAACAUAUUGGCCGCGAGCGAAGGUUACAGGUGGCUCAAAAAUGGCACAAAGAAGCCGAGGAAAGAGCUCGAGAAGAGAUGGAACGUCAAUUGAGGGAUCAAGAGAGAACAAGGAGACCAUCGCGGUUCGAGGUGAUUCCAGCACCGGAUAUCUUGAAAAUGCAAAGACAAAGCGCGAACGAUCUAACGAUGUCUCCGAAUAAUGGGACGGCUUCUGACCACCACACUUACCAUUCUCCGGUAUUUGGCUCGCAACCGAAGAAGUCAAUCCUGAAGAAAACCAACUCUUUCACGUUGAAAGGAUUCAGUCCGUUGGUUAGUCCAGCUGUUACUCCGUACACAACCGUCACCGGCGCGGAGAGCAGGAUACGUUUGGCCUUCGAAGCGAUCUUCCGCAAGUCUGCCACCUUACAGGACGUAGAUCCUGAUCCGGAAUUAGGUUCCGGAACUGGUACCAGGCGCGAUAGUCAAGAGGUAGCGCCCCAUACACCCAUGUUAGCACCCAGUCCAGCCACAUCGAAGAAAGUACAAUUGCCCCGGGAAAGAGUGAUAGACAUGUCAGCGGAGGAUCAGAAACGAUGGGAAGAAAGCGAAAUGGCGUUGGAAGUUGAUUUCUCUAGGUGUCACAUCGAUCCAGCACCCUUUCAACUGGUCGAAAGGACGUCUCUGUUGAAGGUGCACAGUCUGUUCAGUAUGGUCGGCGUGAAUCACGCCUAUGUAACAGCCAUUGGAAGGCUAGUCGGGGUUGUCGGGCUGAAAGAGCUAAGGAAAGCGAUAGAAGACGCGAACGCUGGAAUUUUGCCUAUGCACACGGAAUCACACAUCGGUGUCUCGACGUCCAGCAUCGCGAAAAGCGAGACGGACACGGAGAGCAAGAACGCUAGCACGAUGAACUCUAUAGCUUCCGUCGAUUGUGAGAAAGUUGAGAAAGUCUGAAUAUUGAAAGGAAAGAAAGAGAGAGAGAGAUAGAGGGGGGGGGAGGGGGGAGAAAGAUAAGCUAGAAAGAUAAGUAAAAACAAAAAUGUGAUAGUCGUGUUGUGAGACGCGCGACGCGGCCUGUGAACGAUGCGAUAGACAGACGAGUUUCUUUUAACUAAAAUUAUUCCCUUUCUUCCUUCCACGAUCGUGAUUCUAUUAACGAAACCACGAGCAACAAGUCGAUCGUAAACGCUUACAUAACUAAUGAUCGAUUUUAAACUUUUCUCGUACUUAAAAUCUCGGGACAAGAUUAUCGCCAACACUUUGAAGGUUUCAGAAACGUAUACGGUAUAUAGAUUAAAAAUUGUUAUAGAAUCUACAUUGUCGAUCAGUGAGUGACGAGCAAUAAUCUUUCGGUUUUUAUCUAUCAAAUAUGCUCGUCAUCGUUGUAGAUGAUUCGACAGGUUGCUCUUGAUCAUUUGUCGGAAGGAAGCUCUCGGUACCGAAGAUUUACAUCAGGGUUUAAUCAAGUUGUUCUUUACCAAUUUAGCUGGUCUUUUAUCUAAUUCACUGUAUUCCUUGUAACAUAAUAGAAUUAUUAUAGAGAGUUACCAGGUACGAAUGUACGAGUAUCGAAUGAUUGUUUUAACAGAUGUUUGAUUUCGUGAUAUCAGUGCUCAAACAAGAUUAUCCAUGAAGAGCAUGGACUCGUAUCCUACGUAGAACGUCGAAGCUUCUCGUUAAUAAUAUAUAUGGUGCUCCGAAAUAACUUUUCAACGAGUUCGCUUCGUGUUCGUAAAGGAAUAUGCUGUGAAUCGUGCGACUGUUGUAGACAAUCCAAUCAUAAAUCGUGAUCGAUAAUGUAUUAUAUUAUAGGACAAGGCGAUAUAGUCAGCGACCUUGACAAGCGUGAUUUAUUCUAAUGUAAUUAAUUUAAGGAAGAAUCGCGGAUGAUGUUGAUUCACGUUGAAUAGUCUUUUGUAGUGUGUAAAAUUCAUCUGACCAUGGUUGUGCCAACCUAUUUAUUCUAAUCGUUAAUUGUCGUUAAUUGGGCGUGAAAGUUAAUGAUGUUAUUAAUGAGAGAGAGAGAGAGAGUGAGAGGAGAUAGGAAUACAUUAAAUGGAAUUUUGAUAUAUCUCUCAUGGUAGAAAUUGAACGAGAGGACAUAUCAUAUUCUGAUAGACAACUAUUUUAAUUUCGAGAUAGCAUCAUUGAGAAUGAUGUCUUAAUUAAUCAUUCUAACGUUAUUGUAGGACCAGAAGCGGAUAAUACCGUUCUGUUCGACGGUGGAUCGGUUAUCUGCGAGUAUACUAGUUUAAGUAAAAGUUCAUAGGGCAUUUUACAUUCCAUCCGACGUUAUAGUUUCACGAUGCAUCCCAUUUUACUGUAAAUUAAUUCUGUGUUUAUCACGCUUUAUCCAUGCUCUAGCGUGACCAAUUAUCACCAAGUACACAGUUGUACAAUCGGGAGACGACAUUAAAUAAUUUAUUAUAUUAUUUA